UGCAGUGUGCAGCCCCCAAAACAAAAGAAAAUCUCAUUUUAGUACUUUUCCCACCACCAUAAAUUUUUAUUUUAAAAAACAAGGCCUUCGCCAUCUCCAUACAAAUUUUUUGAUCUCUUUCUAAUUUUACGUUCUUAUUUCUUUCUUUCUUCCCUGAAAACCCUAAAGUCGUCACUGAAGAGAUCAGACUCUGCUGCUGAUAGCUAGGGUUUCUUACGUGAACUUACACCUCUCCCAUGGAGAGCACCGACUCCUCCGCCGGCUCCCAGCAAUUACAGAAUCACCAGCCCAGCCUCCCGCCAGGGUUCCGGUUUCAUCCGACCGACGAGGAGCUCGUGGUUCACUACCUCAAGAAGAAGGUUGCCUCAGCUCCCCUCCCCGUUUCUAUAAUCGCCGAAGUCGAUCUCUACAAGUUUGAUCCAUGGGAGCUUCCAGCUAAGGCGACGUUUGGAGAACAAGAGUGGUAUUUUUUCAGUCCACGAGAUCGGAAGUAUCCGAACGGAGCUAGGCCGAACCGGGCUGCGACGUCCGGGUACUGGAAGGCAACCGGCACGGAUAAGCCGGUACUAACUUCCGGGGGAUCUCAGAAGGUCGGCGUUAAAAAGGCUCUCGUAUUCUAUGGUGGAAAACCUCCAAAGGGCAUUAAAACCAAUUGGAUUAUGCACGAGUACAGACUCGCUGAAAACAAAGCCAUUAACAAGCCUCCUCCAGGUUGCGAUUUGGGCAACAAGAAGAACUCUCUCAGACUUGAUGAUUGGGUACUGUGUCGAAUCUACAAGAAGAACAACACGAAUAGGGCAGUCAUGGAUCACGAGAGGGAUCAAGAAGCGAUGGAAGAGUUGUUGGGCCCAAUGAACAGCCAUAAUAAUUAUAAUCACAAUCACAACCACAGUCAUAAUAAUAAUAAUAAUAUUCCAGUACCUCAUCCGAUGGGCCCACAUAAUGGAAAGCUGCAACUACUACUACCAAAGGCGGCGACACUACUAAGCUAUGGGGCGUUGAGCGAAAAUGACCACAACCUGUUCGAUGGAAUGCUAAGCAAUGAUCAAGCCAAUAUUAGCAAUACAACAAAUACUACUAACACGGCUUCACUGCUCUUGCCACCUUCGUCUACUAUGUCGAUCAAACGCUCACUCAUCCAGGGUCUUUACUGGCCCAACGAGAUUGUUGACGAUGAAGAAGCAGCGGCUGCCGCUGGUGCUGGGCCCUCUUCUUCCUCCUCCAGCAAAAGACUGCACCUGGAUGAUAGUUGUACGGCCGCGACGACGACGACAACGAUGGGAGAAGGAAAUCACUCGAAUUCGAUAGCCUCACUGCUUAGCCAGCUCCCGAACCAAACGUCGUCGUUGCACCAACAGACAAUGCUCGGAGCUUUGGGGGGGUCUGAUGGGCUUUUCCGGGGACCUUAUCAAUUGCCUGGAAUGAAUUGGUAUUCAUAAUUUAUUACUUCAUAUAUAUAUAUAGUUCAUUUUACAAUGAAAUUAACAUUAAUUAGUACUAGCUAGUGGCUGCUGCUGCGCGCGCCAUUACGUGCGGCGGCUCCGCUGAUCAUUAUUCAUUUCAUCUUGAGGGAAAUCAUACGUACCCACCCUCAAGGUCUUUGAAUUACCAGGUAUAUUUAUAUACGUAGAGAUAUAGAUAUAUAAAACUAUACUUUGUUAAAUAUUUUUAUAUAGUUUAUCAUAUAUAAGUUGUAUAGAUUUGGAUUGGGAACGGAGAUUUUGUUGAUAGGAAUGUUACGUACUUUCAAAGCGACAAAAAUAUUAUAUAGCUAGAAUGGCCUCAAAUUCCUUCGAGUUUAUGAUAGGCCCAUAACAUUUCAGUUAUACUUAUGUACGUAUAUAUGUGAUCAUAUUCAGAAAAUUUCCCUGCAGAUUAUAAGCAUGUUUAGUCUUCGUUUUGUACUUUUUGAGAGAAGUGCUUUUGUUGUAAAAUUAUAAUAAAGCAGAAGAACUAUGAUAUGAUGUAUUUUCUCUAGCUAGGAUAGAACAGAAAAAUCUUGUACAGUUCCUUAAGUAUUUUAUAUAAGCCAACACAUUUGAAGAUUAUAUAAAUUUGCGGGAUCAAUGAUGUUGUUA